CCAAAUGUAGCGAACUUGUAGUGAUUGUACAUUUCCAUGACUUUCUCAAGAAGCUAAGUAACGGCUACAAAAUAUGUCGCUUUCUAGUGAGCCAGCGCAGCACCAACGUACGUAACGCCAACGGUGAAAUGGACCUUGGACUUCGAUCGGUCCGGCCUCGCAUCAACCUCUGCUCCAUAUAAGCGCAGCGGGGUGCCAGCAGACUCUUUCAAACAACGACAAUACGACAUCCUAGCAAAGUAGCAAGGCCGGCGAUCGAUGGCAGCGUCUUCUUCCAACAGACAUCACCGUCCUCACCUUGUUGAUCAGGGGCUGCCUCCGGUGCAGCAGCUGCUACUGCUACCUACCGGUGUGGAGGACGAGACAAGGGAUUGGGCGGAGCUGCCGCUGGACGCGCUGCUGUCCGUGCUUCGCCGGCUGGAUGCCGUCGACGUCCUCAUGGGGCCAGGCCAUGUGUGCCGGCCCUGGCGCCGCGUCACGCAAGAGGAGCCCGACCUGUGGCGCAACAUCGACAUGCGCCACCAUGGCAAGCUAGCCAACGGCGUCGACCUCCAGCCAGCGGCGCGCGCUGCCGUGAGGCGCAGCUCGGGCCGGUGCGAGGCCUUCUGGGCUCAGAGCUUUGGCGUCGACCGUGACCAGUUCUUCUUCUUCCUUGCAGACGCAUUACAUUGAACAAAGAAGAACAUUUUUGUCCAUCUACUGGUAGAGUGAAAACGAAGAUGGCAUCAUACACAUGGAUAGCAGAGAAGGC